GGGGCCUGGCGACGUUGCGGGCGGGGCUUGCGGGGUCUCCGCGCGCCGGUUCCGGUGUCGAGGCGGGCGCGGGUGGUUCCGGGGCUGAGGAGCCGCCGUGCCGGGGCAUCAUGGCAGCGGCCGCGUGGAUCCCUGCGGUUUCUCGAUUGCUAGGUGCUUUCAAAAACCAGAAACAGGUGACCAGAAGUUUUAGUAGUGCUGCACAAACAGUAACUUUAAUCCCAGGAGAUGGCAUAGGACCUGAAAUUUCUGCUGCUGUUGUGAAGAUCUUUGAUGCUGCUAAAGCUCCUAUUCAGUGGGAAGAGAGGAAUGUUACAGCUAUCCAAGGACCAGGAGGGAAGUGGAUGAUACCUCCAGAGGCCAAAGAAUCCAUGGAUAAAAACAAAAUGGGAUUAAAAGGACCUUUGAAGACCCCAAUUGCUGCAGGGCACCCAUCAAUGAAUCUGCUCCUGAGGAAAACCUUUGACCUUUAUGCCAACGUCCGUCCCUGUGUCUCAAUUGAAGGGUACAAAACCCCCUACACAGACGUGAACAUUGUCACAAUUCGAGAGAACACAGAAGGAGAAUACAGUGGCAUUGAGCACGUGAUCGUUGAUGGUGUUGUGCAGAGCAUCAAACUGAUCACAGAGGAAGCCAGCAAGCGUAUUGCAGAGUUUGCUUUUGAGUAUGCUAAAAACAAUCAGAGGAGCCACGUUACUGCUGUGCACAAGGCAAACAUCAUGAGAAUGUCUGAUGGGCUUUUCUUGAGAAAAUGCAGGGAGGCAGCAGAAAACUGUAAAGAUAUUAAAUUUAAUGAAAUGUAUCUGGAUACCGUGUGUCUGAAUAUGGUUCAAGACCCAACACAGUUUGAUGUCCUUGUUAUGCCCAACUUGUAUGGUGACAUCCUCAGUGACUUGUGUGCUGGGCUGAUUGGGGGUCUUGGAGUAACACCAAGUGGAAAUAUUGGUGCUAAUGGAGUUGCAAUUUUUGAAUCAGUUCAUGGAACUGCACCAGACAUUGCAGGAAAAGACAUGGCAAACCCAACUGCUCUUCUUCUGAGUGCUGUGAUGAUGCUGCGUCACAUGGGACUACACAAAUAUGCCACAAAAAUUGAGACAGCUUGCUUUGAUACAAUUAAAGAUGGAAAGGUCCUGACAAAAGACUUGGGAGGAAACGCCAAGUGUUCAGAAUUCACAGAGGAGAUCUGCCGCAGAGUACGAGACGCAGCCUAAACUUCCUCUGCCUUGUACUAAUCCAGAAGGACCCCCACACAACCUACAUGAUAUGUAACCUGAUUCCCAGAUGCAUAGAGUUUGCUUGUCUCUUAAGAGAGCAAACUUUUUAGCUAGGGCCUCUCCAUCAAUAAAUUUAGUCCAAAUGGCUACAGAUGAUGCUUGUGCCUGCUUUCGGUGGACUUGAAGUGCUUUUGUCUUAUUUAUUUUUCUUCUGUCUGGUGAAACAUUUUUAUGUGAGUGAAUUCUGUUGCCACUGUAACUUGUCUCCCAUCUUCCAUUUCAACUAGGGUUUUUUACCUUCCACAAAGAAACGUUAUGCAAAUAAACCAGUAACAGAAUUAGUGAGAUGUAAAAGCACCUUAAUGGUUAAAACCUACUUUAUUGAUCUUAUUGGAAUUUAGAAGAUAGGUUUUCAGCCUAACAAUAGCACAAGAGGACCUUCAUAAACAGAAACGGGUAUAAAGUAACUUAAAGUAGCAAUUCCAUGUUGAAAGCAAUGGAAAAAACACUUUACAGGCUCUAGUGAUCCAUGGAAUAAGCCUGCUCUAGUGAUCCAUGGAAUAAGCCUUCAUGAAUGAAGAAAUACAGAAUUCUAGAGAUCUGCCCACAACCAUUAACCAGCAAGGGAUGAGAAUAAUGUUUAAGUAAAAUUAUUUUUCAAAUCUAUUUACCAAAAUAAUUCUUAACAAGUUUUCCUCUCUGAAACACACCUUACAGCAGAGUACUAAUGAGAGUAAGUGACACUUAACAACUACUGACAUACUUUGUGAGGGGAAAGUAUGAACUUCCACAAAAUAUGUCAUGACUUCUGCUAGAAUGCUUUUUGUGUUGUAUUUCUAUGCAUAGCCUGUUCAGUGUGCCUCGCUGUAUUGACUAUUAAUUUCAUUCUAGAAACUGAAUGUAAGCAACUACUCCUACAUGGAUUAAGACAGAUCAAAGGUUUGGCUCUGGUGCCUAUGUUCCAGAAAUACAUUUCAUCCCUAUUCAAGGGGAUCUCAGACUAUUUUUUCACUUCUUACUGAGCUUAAUGGGUGCAAAAGUAACUCUUUCCCUCUCUUCUUCAUCACAUACAGUAGUCAUACGAGUCCUUCUGAUCUGUAUGUCUAAAGUAUGCUUCCAUUAGUACACCUGACAAGAAAAUGUGUAUUUUACAACUCAAGACUUACAGCACAAGAUUAUCCAUACUGCCAGAACCAGGCUUUGUAAAGCUUAAUUCUUUUAACAGAUACUACUCCACUUAGUUACUUUCUAUUAAGACUUUAGGCUGGUUGUUCAGAAGCUAAAUUAAUGCUAACACCUCCCAGUGUCACCCUAUGAAGUAGGCAUACCAGCUAUUUUAAUACAGUCUAACAACAUGUUGGAAGAGGGACAAUGAGCUUUAUUCCUCCUGCACUCUGCUUUUGGUGAAUUGGGCAGCAUUUCUUUGUGGUUCAUAAGCUGCUGCUGCUUUGUUUCCUUUAGAUUAAUAUUGUCAGAGAACUUCUGAAUUACCAUUGCGCACAAAAUGAGGAAAAAUAAAACUUUUCAAAGUCC